UCCAAGUGCAGUCAUUCCAAACAAUAAUGGCGGCAAAGUCGGAGUGUAGGAAAACAAUCGAUUAAACUUUGCUUGAAGCGAGAGAGAUAAGGAUAUUUCUCAAAGUGACUUGUCACACUCUUUGGGAUUACAUUAAUACAACCAUCAAAUGUAGUCAUCUUUUGUGCUGCCUAGAUAGAGAGAAAUAUGACAUCAUCAGCAACUAAGGUGGCAGAGAUAUUCACUGCUGCGGGUGAGGCCUUUACCCACCUGGGUGAAUUAACAAUGCAGCUCCACCCAUUGAACAGCGAAGGGAACUCCCCAUCAGCAGCCACAAGCGGCAAGUGGGGAGACCAAGAGAUUGAGAUGUUAAGACAUGCUGUCAGCAAGUUUGGGGAUGACCUUAAGAAGAUCAGUGCUCAUAUCAAGACCAAAUCAGUUGGUCAAAUUAAGACUGCUUUGAAAAAGAAAAUACAUGAGGGAGAGAAAGCAACAAAUACCAGCUCAUCAAAGAAAAAACAAUCAAUGCCCAAGACACCAACAUGCAGUGAACCAAAACCUAAAAAGCAAAAAGUUUCAGAUGACUCUGAAUUGAGCUUGAUACCACCAAGCCAGCUAGGCUCCCCCCCUGCCCUUAUGCUAUCUGACUCUGCUCUAAAGCCAACACCCCAGGACGUAGAGCAAGAUGUUGACAUUGAUGUCAUGUUUGAUCAAAGUAGUCAUGACCAUGUUUUCCCUGACAUCCAGACAGAGCUUGGUCCUCUUGAGAGGCAGGAAAUACUCUCAGGGAUGUAGAGAUUAUACCAUUAAGUAAAAGGAGAUGGAGCAGGAAUUGUAUAUGCGAGCCAAUAAUAUUGUACAGUAGGCAAAUAUUCCUUUUUUUCUUAUUUUAAAAAUCAUCUUGAUUAUUACUCGAUUUACACAUCUUUACAUGGGUUAUAUAUUUUUUUCUAAAUACAAAAGAUAUUACAGUGGAUAGAUUUUCUUGUUAUUGUGGAUUAAGCACCAUUAAUCUGGUGCAAAAAUCUCUCAAGUUAAAAUUGCUUGAUAUCUGUGAAUGUGAUCUCUUUUUUUAUCCAUUAUUUCUCUGACCACUGUAUAUACCUCUCACAAUGGUUUGGUAUAUUUCCAUUUGACUUAUAUUGUUAUAACUAAAUUAUUAUACUUCUCUAUUGUAAACUAUAAAAUACUCUUUAUGUCA